AUGAAUUUGACCAACUGUACAAGAGUAAAUGAAUUUAUCCUUGUUGGCUUGCCAAGUGUUUGGGGAAUGCAAAAUAUGAUGCAUGCCGGUGUCUUUCUGCUCUACCUCCUGUGUCUGAUGGGCAAUGGGCUCAUUGUUGUGAUGGUAAUUGUGGACCGCCAUCUCCGGAAGCCCAUGUAUUUCUUCCUUAGCAACCUUUCUGUCAUUGACAUGGGACACACCACAACCUUUAUUCCUAAACUGCUGGUCAAUUAUCUCUCUGCAAACAAUUCCAUCUGUUUCUACUGCUGUAUAACACAAUUGUUCUUCUAUUUCUUUUUUGGUGUCACAGAAUUUUUUAUCAUCACUUUGAUAUCCUUGGACAGAUACUUAGCCAUUUGCCAUCCUUUGAGAUAUGCCACAAUCAUGACUUCUGGCAUCUGCCUUAAACUAGCAACUGUAGCCUGGUUUGGAGGCUUUUUCUCCAUUAUUUAUCAGGGAGUAAUGACUGCAACUCUACCCUAUUGCACCUCCAACAUUAUCAAUCAUUUCUAUUGUGAUGAGGGACCAUUGUUGAAGAUUGCAGGAGGAGAUACACAUGUCAUUGAAGCCCUUGGCUUCCUUCUUACUGUGGUUGUGAUUAUGUCCUCCCUGCUUUUCUCCCUCAUUUCUUAUCUUUUCAUCAUUUGCACCAUUCUCCGAAUGCCUUCAUCCACCGGACAGCAGAGGGCCUUUUCUACAUGCGCUUCCCAUCUGAUUGUAGUCUGCAUUUUGUACGGGUCAGUCUUUUUUGUCUAUUUAAGACCUACUCUCACCAACUCUUCUUUCAGUAUGAUGAAGUCUGUCUCCAUUUUGUACACAAUGGUUGCCCCAGCACUCAAUCCAUUCAUUUACACCAUUAGAAACAAUGAAGUCAAGGAUGCAGUGAGGAAACUUUUAGAAGGAAAGACUCCUGGUCUCCCAAAUCAAUUAGCAUAA